ACUUGCAAUAAUGCAACGUGUAAUUAACGGCAGUAGCAUUUAACGGCAUAAAAUUAAUUUUUCAGGCGGAAUCCAGCAAGUUCCCGUUGAUGUCCAUGACAUCCCACGGCUUCACAGCCGUUCACCCAGCCCAUGUAGGGGUAAUCUCGUCGCCGAAAAAGAGAUGUUACCGUUGACCUGUCCUCCUACUGCUAAUACGGAGAUUCUCGAUGAGAAUCUUAUAGAACUAGAUAGUUCUAUUUUGGAAAUUCUUGGAGAAGAUCCCACGGCAGCUACCACAUAUGGUAAAGAUAUUCAAAAAGACCUGGCCGUUCGACUUGAGCAUAUCGCAACACAAGGGUUAUCAAGGGAAACCCGCAAGGAGUUGCUCGAAAAAUUCCUCAUACCGAGUAAUUGUACUCUUAUUGAUGCACCAGCCAUUAAUCCUGAAAUAAAGGGCGCUAUACCUAUAGUAGUUGCAAAAAGAACUAAAGCUAUGGAAUACAAACAAAAACAAUUAGCUGGUGCUAUUGCGGGUCUCAGUAUAAUCAUAACUCAAUUAAUUAACAAGAAAGAUUCUAACUCGGAAAUACUAAAAAAUUUAAUGGAUGUUUGUCGGUUACUGUGUGACUGUCAACACAAUGAUUCUGUUACAAGGAAGGGAUUUAUUCUGAGCACUCUUAAGAAAGAUAUGAAAGAACAAAUAGAAAAUACUAAAAUAGAUAAGUUUUUAUUCGGUAAUGACUUGGCCGAAACUUUAAAAGCCGCUAAGGCUAUAAAUAAAUCUAGUGCUGAACUUAAGCCAGUUCCUGUCAAGCAACCUACAAGAAAAGCAGCUAAUUUCUCUUCAAAAAACGUGAAAGCACCCCCGAAUCGUCGGGGGACUACAUCAACAUCACAAAGACCCCAGGAGACUGCGCCGGAGCGGCGGACGAAGCUUCAGCGCGCCAGCUCGUCGAGGACAUCGCAGCGAGCGUCGAGACACAACCACCGCUAAAUUCGGUAAAAUAUGCCGGUAGACUUUCUCAUUUCUACUGCCAAUGGAAAUGUUUG